CCAUGGUUACAGGAAGUGCAGCAUCCAGAGCGGCUGAAUUGCUCUACGCAAACUUGACAGAAAACUACAGUAUCUUCAUCAGGCCAGUCAAGAAUGAAUCGGACCCUGUCAUGGUCGAGUUUGGUCUUUCUAUUUCACAACUCAUAAACAUAGACGAAAAGGCUCAAGUUAUGACAACAAGCGUCUGGGUCAAGCAUGCAUGGCAGGACCAUCAUUUAAUGUGGAAUCCAGAUGAUUAUGAGGGUAUUACCGAGCUUCAUAUUCCAGCUGAAAAUAUCUGGAGACCUGAUAUCUUACUAUACAACAAUGCCAAUGGAAAUUUCGAUGUGCAGUUUCUUGUAAACGCUAUUGUGAAAUACACGGGGAGGGUUACCUGGUUACCCCCUGCCAUAUACAAGAGCUCAUGUACAAUAGACAUCGAGUAUUUUCCUUUCGAUGAGCAAUCAUGUAAGAUGAAGUUUGGUCCAUGGACCCACGAUACACUCAAGAUUAACAUGACAUCGUCGAACAAUGUCGUCGAUCAGGAGGAUUACUGGCCGAAUGGUGAAUGGGAGAUCGUUGAAUCGCCGGCGUUACGUAACGAGAUCUCUUACCCUUGUUGCGAGGAUAUAUACGUGGAUGUAACGUUUUAUUUCAAGCUGCAUAGGAAACCGUUGUUUUACGUGGUCACACUUGUAGUGCCUUGUCUUCUCAUAUCCUUCCUUACAAUCCUGGUUUUCUUCCUCCCCUCAGACGCCCAGGAGAAAAUAACCCUCUCCAUUUCCAUCCUCCUCGCCCUCAUCGUGUUCCUCCUCCUCAUCCCCGACAUCAUCCCACCGACGUCGACAACGCUGCCCUUGAUCGGUCGCUACAUGCUAUUCACCAUGGUGUUGGUAACGCUCUCGAUCACGAUCACCGUGGUCAUAAUCAAUUUUCAUUUCAGGAACGCUCGCACGCACGAGAUGUCGUCGUCGAUGCAUUAUCUCUUUCUCAUACUCAUGCCCAAGGUUCUAUGCAUGCCGCGGCCUACGAAGCCCUUCGAACACGAGAAGCACAGUUCAGCUAAAAAGAUGAAGAAGAAAUUUGCAUCAGCCGGUCUGUGCGGGAGGAUUUUCGGCGCGUCUCCCGAUAAACGAUUCUUAAAGUCGGGAGCACAGUAUGUGAUUGAUACAAUUACGCCGUCAUUACUAGAAGAGAUAGAGAGUAGAAAUAGAGACAUAAACUCGUCGGGUGCGUCAUUGCCAAAGGAAUGCCUGGAAAUGCUGGACUCUCUUGAGGUCAUCGCGAUGCAUAUGAAAAGAGAGGAUGACGAAGAUCAGAUAAGCGAAGACUGGCGGUUCAUAGCUUUGGUAAUGGAUCGGAUGUUUCUCUUCAUCUUUGCCCUGAUGUGUCUGAGUGGAACCCUUGGUAUCAUCCUGCGUGCACCGAUACUCUGGGAGAGUGCCGAUCAUCAUAAUACCACCAAUUACACCAAGCCUAUUGUCCUGGAGACCCAGUCAUUCUAUGAUUUCAACCCAACUACUCCUGUCUAUUAAUCGUGUUUAUCUGGAGACUUACUCCUGCAUGCGGCGCUAUAUAUACACUGUAAAAACUGCGGUGUUAAAACUGACACCAAUUCGUAUUAAUAGAGGACCACACCCUGAGGUGUUGA